AUGACUCUAGAAGACAUGACUCUAACAGACAUGACUCUAACAGACAUGACUCUAACAGACAGGACUCUAACAGACAUGACUCUAACAGACAUGACUCUAACAGACAUGACUCUAAGAGACAUGACUCUAGAAGACAUGACUCUAAAAGACAUAGGCAGGCAGCCAGGGGAGCCAGAAAGCCAGCUGACAGGGGGAGAGGACAGUAGAGACAGUGAGCCAGGAAGCCAGCUGACAGGGGGAGAGGACAGUGGAGACAGUGAGCCAGGAAGCCAGCUGACAGGGGGAGAGGACAGUGGAGACAGUGAGCCAGGAAGCCAGCUGACAGGGGGAGAGGACAGUGGAGACAGUGAGCCAGGAAGCCAGCUGACAGGGGGAGAGGACAGUGGAGACAGUGAGCCAGGAAGCCAGCUGGCAGGGGGAGAGGACAGUGGAGACAGUGAGCCAGGAAGCCAGCUGACAGGGGGAGAGGACAGUGGAGACAGUGAGCCAGGAAGCCAGCUGACAGGGGGAGAGGACAGUGGAGACAGUGAGCCAGGAAGCCAGCUGGCAGGGGGAGAGGACAGUGGAGACAGUGAGCCAGGAAGCCAGCUGACAGGGGGAGAGGACAGUGGAGACAGUGAGCCAGGAAGCCAGCUGACAGGGGGAGAGGACAUUGGAGACAGUGAGCCAGGAAGCCAGCUGACAGGGGGAGAGGACAGUGGAGACAGUGAGCCAGGAAGCCAGCUGACAGGGGGAGAGGACAGUGGAGACAGUGAGCCAGGAAGCCAGCUGACAGGGGGAGAGGACAGGACAGAUAUAGAGAGCCAGACAGGCAGGAAUAGAGGACAGGACAGAUAUAGAGAGCCAGACAGGCAGGGAUAG